AUGGAUAUCACUAACCCUGAUGAAGAAGGCUCGUUCAAGCCUGUUGCAUUGCCGUCGCAACGUCGAGGGACGUAUACGAGGUUUUCGGCGCCCCAUCCAGACGACGAUGGUUUGGUAUAUGCAUUAACCAAUGGUGGAAAAGCUGAUAGAAAGGGAAUGCUACGAUACUUCUUUGCCUACUGCCGUGCCGUGAACGACAAAAACCGGAGGAAUAAAGAAGACGCGAACAGCGUGUCCGCGAACUGGGAAUGUCCGCGAAUAGGGUAUCACUCUGUUGAGUAUCUCGCACCCCAUGCAAACCGUAAGUAAAGAUUUUCAGGGAUUAAUAUGUAUGUGGCCCAGAUAGAGCAUACGUGCCAAAUUUUAAGGAAAUCCAAGAACAUCUAUAAAGGUUAUACUCGUUCUUCAGGGUCUCCUUAAUUAGUGUCAUCAUCUUUAUCAACUCUGAAAAAAGUUGAACUUCAGUCUCGAAAAGUUUUGGAGUCGUCUCCAUUUCAAGGAACUAAAAGCGAAUCUUUUGUUUACACCACAAACUUAUUAAAACCCGUUUUUUAGACUUUAUAAUUUAUUUGGCCAGACCUCUUUGGCUUGUUGACUUAAGGCUUGAUCAGAAAGCGAAAUAAGGAUUUAUCGGCUGUUUGCUGUCAUCACAACAUUCUGCAACGUUUGUUUACACUCUUAAUUUAGAGUUACUUUCUGCAGAGGAGGGAGCGUUUCCCAAUUUGCUUAUCACUUGAAACUCCAACUUUCAUUUUGCAACCAGGUCCCCAAAAAGGCUAUGACAUGCUUCAUAUUUUUGUAUAACGAUGCAAGCUUUUUAUGCAGCUAUACAGCCUCUCAAGCUGUUCAAAUUCCCCAUUUCGAAGGCACGGAGUCUCAUCUCCCAUCUGCCUUAAAGUCCGUCGUUAUAAUCGCGGAGAGCAAAGGAGGGGAAAACAAAAAACACCAUAACUUUUUGGACGUGCCCUUUAAUAUUUCGUGUCUUUUUGUCUCCCCUCGUCUCCGAUGUCUCACCUGUUCUAUUCGUAUUUAAAUCGCCUUCCCAAAUAGUAACGUUCAUUUCGAAAUGCGGGCCGAAAGGACGCACACUCUCUUGGCCACUCUGCCCUAAUCAAUAUCCAAAUUCUUUUUUCGGCGAGCCGUUUUCGGGCCUUCGCUCUUUUAGGACGCAUUUUCGAGGCCUGUGAUUAUUUUGCUUCCGGAAUUCGGAUUCUUUGUGGCGAAGAUUUCGUUUCUUUGUUAAAAAUUAAUGAACCGACCGGUCCAAAAUUUUUGAGGGUGUUGGGGCGAGUUUAUUUUUCAAGGGAAUAAUGAAAGCCUUUAUACAAAGAUCUUGACUAACUAAGCGUUACUUAUUCUGUAAAUUAUAAGAUAAGUAAGCUUUUUCAAUUGAAAACACUGGCAACCAUUUUUUAUUUAUCUUAUUUUCUCUUUAGGAAACAUUGUUUGGGAAUAUUCCGAAGUGAAAUAUCGUUUGCAGUAAUCUUGGUUGUUUAUCUCUCAAAGAAUUCGGCCAACAGUUUAAGAUUCGCUUAACCGUGUGCAAUCAGACUUCAUUUCCAAUUUCUUGCGAAUUUCGAGCAAAAGGAAAGUACCCUUUUACCAAGACCACGUCCUAUUAAUUAAUUACCCUCCACACAAAAGUCUUCAAAAUCCAUCAAUCAUAUCAUUAAACCCACUCUAAAGUACGCCCCUCUUUUCGAAUUCAUAUUUUGAAAACAUUCGCUCAACAAUUUCCGCAACGGAAUCAACCCACAUGUUCAAAUGAUCGUAUUAUCUCAUACGACGGGUUGCGUAUAGAGACGCGUUUUCUCAUGUUUUUCGCUGACAUGACGUUGAGCGGCGUUGACCGACGGGGUAAAACGCGGGAUGUUAUGAAACGGGUUAAGCGGCGGGUCAGGGAAGAGAGAGAAGGGCUUGGUUUCACCUUUAAAGGGGCUGACCGUGGGUGCGAAGAGAAAGCCGACUGCUUGUCUGUUCACGAUCUGCCCUAAUCAGCAUUCCUUUUGUUAUCUGCAUCUUCCAUUUCGAUCGAAAUCACCUUCGAAAAAUACAUAAAGACUUUUUUUUGAAGGCGUUCCCUCCCUUUCCCGACAACUCCGCCCUACGUGACUAUUGUCUGGCCUCAUUAUUCGUGAUCUUAAGUCUUUGAUACCACGUGGUGGGUGCAUAUGUUCUUAUAUUUGAGAAAUUUUCUGUUGUCUUUGAAUUUUGUGGGCGGGGCGAGCGUCUUCUCCGAUCAGCCGUUUUCCGACGCCCGCCUCGAUGACAAAAGUCGUCCCAUUCAGAAACAAAUCGUCCCACUGACAUUCUGCUACUAUGUCAAUGCUGGAGUUGGCUUUGGUCUCGGGGAUUACCCCUUUUUCCUUGGACUCACGCCGUGUUUCGCGGUUUUUCGGGCUUUUUUGCAGCAGUCGGACGUUAAAAUGAAUUUCAGAGAGUGGGAAAGCGAAAGAAACAGUUGGUUGUGCCCCCUGUCUCUAAACUCUUGCAGUAUUCCCCCCAUCCACUUGAUUCAUACACCAGUGACGACAAUUCUGAGGAGAGCAGCGCCGUUCGCCACGUUCCUGAGGGUCCGAACCCGUGGCUACCGUAAUCCAGAAUGGUUUUCACCGUCCAUUUCACGGUCAGCACAUCUGAUCCGUUGAAGGAGAAUGAGUACAUGUUUGUGACGGGAAAUGCCGAACAAUUGGGCGAAUGGGACCCAAAGAAGGCAUUGAAAUUGAGCCAAAAUGCGGAUCGGUAAGUGUUUUCAAAUACAAUAUAAGAAACAUCACUUUGCAAAGAAAUCAGUCAGUUCGUCUUGUUAUUGUAAAAGAAUGCGACCUUCGCUGUCUUAUCUUUGACCGCUUCGAUAUCUAAAUCUAUUUUAAAGUGCGAUUGUUCUUUAGACAUUGGUCCGGUACCGUCUCCGUGAGCAUAGAAACAGUCAAGUUCCGCUAUUUCACCGGAUAUUACUUGGCGGCCGGCGACGACUCUGAUCCUGUUCUAAUUAUAUCCCAAUGGGAGACGCAUCUGACCCCCAGAUUUGUAAUGCCGGCCGUUGAGGCCACCAAAACAAGAGUCUGCAGAGCCAACGUUAACGAUGUUUUUGGAUUCAAUGGUAAGAUGACGAAUAGGAAAAAAUAGCAGUCUUUAGGAGGUCGCGAGGUCAUGAGCAAUGGCUGGUUGGAGCACCACAAUCAGAUUAUCCUGAGACUCCAUGGAAAAGCCGUCAAGUUCUAUAAACCAAAGCACGAGAAGGCAAACUACAGAAUUCGAAUUUCUCCGACUGACCUAAGACACCGUGAGGUAAGACGACUUCCAAAUUAAGCUCUGAUAAGACGAUUAGAGACCGCGAAACACGCCGCUAAUAUUUCUUGUUUUAGGACGGUGACGAUGAAGACGAGGAGGACGAAGAAGAGCAUUUCGAGAAGCCCUCUUUGCCCAGCUUCUCCCGAGCUCAAAUUGCCGUAAGACCUAGGGCUUUUCAAAUGAAAUCUUAUCAUAAUUCCUGUCUUCCCUUCUCUCCCUUAAGCCCCAUUCCAUUCGGAUAACACUGGAAAUCAAUCGACGACAAGGUUAGGAGUGGCCAAGCAGAGCAUUCAAGAAUAAUGUCACAUCCACAAUUGCGUCAUCAGAUCCGAACCCUCCCCAAAACUCUUGAAAGAUCCGUUUUGUCCUCUGAUUCGAUGACUACUAAAAUUAUUGUCAAAAAUCAUGUCUAAUGUCCAGUCCAGCUUAUUUCCCUUAUGUUUUUUUUUCUUUUUGCUUUCCAAAACGGGUUUUUCAAGAGUUCCCAAUUUGUUUUUGAGUUCGUAACAAUUAAUUCAAGUUUCAGACAAAAACAGUAAGCCUUCUCAUACUAAUAUUUCGGGAAAGUCACUGGAAUAAAACAACAGGGAUUUAAAGUCUCUGUUUUUAAUUCCAGUCACUCUCCAGAAUGACUAGUAAUAUAUGUCGCAACGGAAAUGCCAUUACUCUUGCUGCUGUUGUUGUUUUUUGUCUCCGCAUUUCCUAUCGUCUCGUCACAUUAAAUAUUCCAUUUUUAGGCCCUGACCAAGGCCAAUCCCCGAUUCCGAGAUCAAAGUCCGAACGGUGAAGUGUUCACCAACGAAGUGGACUACUAUCUCUACCGAACUCAGAGUGUGGCCGUCGAAUUUCUCGGUUUCCGGAUCGAGAUUCUGAAUGAGGAAGGAACAGAUGUCAUGGCGACGGGAUAUGCGUUGCCAUCGACCUUGGCUAACUCCUGUGGAAAUACAUCUGUCCCAUUAUUGACAAAGAAAGGCCUGCCAAUUGGGAAACUGUACUUCGGAUAUCUUUUUGUCCGACCAAUCGCGCUACCCAUCCCAGAACAAAAAAUGAAAGCCAGCUACACCAAGCAUUGGAAGAAACGAAGUGCGUUAGAGGUUGGCCAUCGAGGAAUGGGCAAUUCCUACACCAAAUUCGCUGCCGCAAGAGAAAAUACAUUACAUUCAUUGAACUCCGCGGCCAAAAAUGGCGCUGAUUAUGUGGAAUUCGAUGUGCAUUUGACCAAGGAUAAGGUCCCCAUCAUCUUCCACGACUUCCACGUUCUUGUUUCUGUCGCCAAGAGGAUUCCAUCCAUUCAGGAAUUGAAUUUGGCUAAUGAAACGAUCAAUGGGAGCGUGGAUGCUCAUGAAUUGGCCGUCAAGGACCUCACACUGAGCCAACUGCGUCUUUUACAUGUAAGAAUAACAUGUUUUUAGUGCAUAAUUUUACACAAAACUAGCUUUUUGGAGGCGACAAUUGGCGUCUCGUAUAAGAUCUGGGCAUUUCAACUCAAAAAACAUUCAACAAAAACAGAGGACAGCUGACAUUAACCAUCGCUUUUCAGCUCGAUCAUGUUCAACACAAGAACAGUCUGGAUGAUACGACUCAUAAGCAUACUGUAACAGCCAAGCAUGACGAGGAAGAGGAACAUCGACCCUUCCCCACUCUCAACGACUCAUUUCAUGGAGUUAGUGAGGAAGUUGGGUUCAAUAUUGAAGUGAAAUACCCCAUGGGAUAUUUACAAGGAGGCCAUGAAUGCGAGAACUACUUUGAACCCAACGAAUGUCUGGAUAUUAUACUGGCUGAUGUGCUGAACAAUGCUGGAACUAGACGAAUCAUGUUCUCCUCAUUCGAUCCAGACAUCUGCCUCAUGUAAGUAAUAUAAAUUUGUGACAAUAGCCCGUCAUUAGAUCAAAUCAUGAUCUUAUUGUUUUAGGUUGGCAUUGAAACAAAACAAGUACCCGGUUCUCUUCCUAAACCAAGGACAAACUCAGAAGCACCCUGCCUAUCAAGACCCUCGAACCCAAACUUCUUCCAUGGCCGUCAAGUUCGUGGCCGGCGCUGGUUUAGUUGGGGUUAACUUCAACAGCGAGGACAUCCUACGGGACCCCGAACCAGUCCAAUUGGCCAAGCAAUUUGGUUUGAUCACAUUUGUUUGGGGCGACGAAUUGGCCGACAAAAAAGUGGUUGAAUAUUUCAAGAAGACGCUAGGAGUGGAUGGAGUUAUCUACGACCGAAUUGGAGAAGCCGAGAGCCGAAGCAACGUGUUCUUGUUGGAGAGGGCGAUGAAACAGGCCUUGUUCGAAAAAAGGCCCGUCUCUCCGGGCCACAGUCCCAAACAAUCACACAAGUUUAGAUCGAAUGGACAGAUGAAUAUGGAGAGAAUAAUCCCCACAACAACUGCGGCCAUUGAACAUUUGGAUCUGCCAAUUGCAACGACUACUAAGAUUGCAUGGCCUGGAAUGGAGACCGCUGCAUCAGUGAAUUCUUCAACUUCUUCUGGGUUCUCAACUGAUGGAUCAACGAUUACAAAUCAAUUGGGGCAUGUUGUAAAUCAACUCAAACGACAGCCUAAUUCAUUCAGCCACGGAUUCCAACCAGUGCUGACAUCGCAGGACACAUAA